CAGGCUCUCUCGAGGAUCUUGUGAUCAAGCAGGCGAGGGCUUAUUUGAGCAAAGUCCCCUUGUGGUCUCAUUUGAGUCGCCUGCAGGCACGAUGGCUGGGGAAUUUGCGAGGAGUUUAGGGAAAGGAAGUGCAGCUCCUGGGCCUGUGCCAGAGGGAAUGAUCCGUCUCUACAGUAUGCGCUACUGUCCCUUUGCACAGAGGACACGGCUAGUCCUAAAGGCCAAAGGAAUUGACCAUGAAAUCAUUAAUAUCAACCUGAAAAACAAGCCAGAUUGGCUUUUUCAGAAAAACCCAUUUGGACUAGUACCUUUGCUGGAGACAAGCAAAGGUCAGCUGAUCUACGAAUCUCCAAUCACUUGUGAGUAUUUGGAUGAAGCAUAUCCAGAGAAGAAGUUGUAUCCUGAAGACCCCUAUGAGAAGGCUUAUCAGAAGAUGCUCUUGGAAUUCUUCUCCCAGCUAACUCCUGUGACCUACAAGUACUUUCUGGCCAACAGAAAUGGAGAAGAUGCAUCUGCACUGAAAGAGGAAUUCACCAAAAAGCUUCUCAAACUUGAGGAGAUUCUAGCCAACCACAAGACGAAGUUCUUUGGUGGGAACUCUGUCUCCAUGAUUGACUAUCUUAUGUGGCCUUGGUUUGAGCGUCUGGAGGCUUACCAUUUACAUGACUGUCUGAACCAUACCCCAACACUAAAGCACUGGGUGGAAUCCAUGCAGCUGGAUCCUGCUGUUAAAGCUACGAUAACAGAUCCGCAGACAUACAAAGGUUAUUUGGAGCUGUAUGUGAAGAACAGCCCUGAGGCCUGUGAUUACAGGGUCUGAGUUGGUGGGAGCUUUCGGUGUAUGGCAUUGUGUAUUACCUGCUAAUUGCUCAAGUGCACAGGGUUAGGACCUGAAUUAGAUUGUGAAGCUUGUAAGAUGAUUCUGUGCUUGUUGUACAAUUGGGAUAUAUGGCUGUACUGAAAUGACAGGCCCGCCUGCGUAAAGGCCUUUUUCUCAAAAGAAAGAUGCAUAAAGCUGGGGUGCGAGGAAGGUUUGGGGAGUUGGUUGUUUCUGAGUGCCCAGUAAUGAGUUGCUUUUGUAACUUUGUCUGAUUCCUGUUGUGUUUUUCAGUUUAGGGUAGUCUCCCUAAACUGUACAGAUGAGUACUUUACAGGAAUA